AUGUCUCAGGUAAUUGAGAUAUCAAGCAAGUCAAAAUUUCAAAUUUAUUCAAUCGAAAUCUCGCCCGAGUUUAAUUCUCCUUAUAAAAUGUUUGCAGUCAAUUCAUACAAGAGUAAUUCUAUUAAAUCUCAUGCAUUAAACAAACGUACUCACGAAUUUAAAGAAUUUGAUUUUGUUUCAAAUAAAUAUCUAUUUCGUGCAAUCACUGAUUGGGAAGAAACAGAUAAAAUUAAUAUUAAAAUUAUACAUGAUGAAGAAAGUUUUUCAGAAGAUCAAAAUACAACAAAUAAAACUUCAAUAAUUUUAAUUAUCAGUAUGUUAAUAACCAUCCUAUCAUAUAAAUAUUUGAACAAGUAUUUUGGAAUAACUUUCUUAACAAAUUUAAUUUUAUUAUUUUAUGUUUAUAACGAUAUUCGAGUCAUUAUUCCUGUUAAAAUUACAGAUUUAUCAGUUAAGAUAUAUCCAUUUGAAGAAGAAUUGAAUUUCAUGGAAUAUGAUAUCAACAAAGUAAAACAAGUUCUUCAAAAGAAAAUUGAUUUUUCAAAAUGCAAUUUUUGUAAUUUUUCAGCAGUCAAAAACAGCGAAAUUGCAUCGAAUGAGAAAGAUGUUGUAUUUAUUAUCAACAUAGGCUCCAAUAAUAUACCAUAUUCAGCUGUAAGUUUAAGAACGGGAGGAUAUAAAGGGAAGAUUUUGUUGUUUUCUGAUGAAAAGCUAUCCAAUGAAUUUGUUAAAUGCGGAAUUGAUUUAAUUCCUACGAAAAUGAAUUGUAGAAAAAGAAUGGAUAAUAAUGAAUACAAGCACCAAUUGAUGUUUAGUAGGAUACUUAUUAUUAAAGAUGUGAUAGAAAGAUGUAAAGAAGAAAUAGGAAGAGUUCUUUAUUAUGAUCAAGGUGAUACAUACUUCCAAGGAGAUCCUUUUACUUUUGAUGAUCAAUCACUCCAUGUCAGUGAUGAAGGUAUUAUACUAAGAACUGAAAUAUAUAAUUUCAACUGGGCAAAGAAAAUUCCUGGUUUUGAUAUCAAUUAUUUUGGCAAUAACAAUGUGAUUUGUUUUGGUUUGUUUGCUGGAGAUAAAGAUUCUGUUUGGAAAGUUUUAUCUCUAGUAUCAAGUACAUGGAUAGCUGGCGAACCAGUACUUAAUGAUCAAACUCUAUAUAAUAUCGUAUUGAGAAGCAAAAUCCCGCAGAAAAUUGAUUUGAAUAUCACAAUUGAUAAAGAUUUUAGGUCAAUUGGAGUGAAUCUUCUGUUUGGUAAUGCAACGAAUCUUUGGCCUCUAAAGCCACUUGGUAAAUUCGCAUCAGGUUCGGCACAAUAUAAACCUGUUGCAAUCCAUCAAUACAAUAGGAAACAGGAAUAUAGAGAACUAUUUAAUAAUCAAUGCCAUGCAAUCUAA